AAGACGACCGUUCAUAUUUUUACCGACCUAAACACCGGAGCAGGCAGCGGAGAGAAACCGUUAGCUGAAGCCAAACAACGGCAGUAAAACCCCCGAGGAGUUAGUUUGUUACUGUGAGAUGGACCGACGCCGGAAACCGAAGCUGCGAGGAGAAGCUAUACCUUCAGAUGUCCAGAAAGUGAUUGUUGGUGAAGAACAUCAGCAGGAGUGGAGCUCCAGUCUGGACCAGGAGGACACAAAACCCCCACACAUUAACGAGGAACAGGAGGAACUCCGGAUUAGUCAUGACAAAGAGCAGCUUCAAGGGCCCGAGGAGGCAGAUAUCACUAAGUUCUUUGUUCCAAUGAAGAGUGAAGAUGAAGAAGAGAACUCUCGGUUCUCACAACUUCAUCAAAGACAAACUGAACAGAUGAAAACAGAAUCUGAGGACAGUGGAGGAUCAGAACCAGCCAGGAACUCAGAUCCAGAUACACAUUUACAUCCAGCUAUUGAUGACAAGACUGGAGACUCUUGUGAAUCUAAGACUUAUGACAGUAAUGACUGUAAGGAAACCAGAGAACCCCAGUCAGGUUUAAAGUCUCUGAAUAAUGUUGAAGUCCCUGUCAGUGAUCUGAGAUGUAGUACUGGUGAGCAAAGUGGACAUCUGAAGAGACAAAUGAGAUCUCAUACAGGAAAGAAACCAUUUAGCUGCUCAGUGUGUAAGAAAGCGUUUACAGUGAGUGGAAGUUUACAAACACACAUGAGAAUCCACACAGGAGAGAAACCGUUUAGCUGCUCAGUCUGUAAGAUGGCUUUUACAGUGAGUGGACAUUUACAUAGACACAUGAGAAUCCACACAGGAGAGAAGCCAUUUAGCUGCUCCUUCUGUAACAAAGCUUUUAUACAGGGUGACAAUUUACAGAAACACAUGAGAGUCCACACAGGAGAAAAACCAUUUAGCUGCUCCAUCUGUAAGAAAGCUUUUACACAGAGUGGAAAUUUACAGAAACACAUGAAAAUACACACAGGAGAAAAACCAUUUAGCUGCUCCGUCUGUAAGAAAGCAUUUGCAGCGAGUGGAUGUUUACAUAGACACAUGAGAAUCCACACAGGAGAAAAACCAUUUAGCUGCUCCGUCUGUAAAAAAGCUUUUGCAGUAAGUGGAAGUUUACAGAAACACAUGAGAAUCCACACAGGAGAGAAGCCAUUUAGCUGCUCCGUCUGUAAGAAAGCUUUCACUGAGAGUGGACAUUUACAGACGCACAUGAGAACCCACACAGGAGAGAAACCAUUUAGUUGCUCAGUCUGUAAGAAAGCUUUUACAGAGAGUGGACAUUUACAGAAUCACAUGAGAAUCCACACAGGAGAAAAACCAUUUAGCUGCUCAGUCUGUAAGAAAGCUUUUACAGAGAGUGGAAGUUUACAGAAACACAUGAGAAUCCACACAGGAGAGAAACCAUUUAGUUGCUCCGUCUGUAAAAAAGCUUUUACGGAGCGUGGAAGUUUACGGAUACACACGAGAAUCCACACAGGAGAAAAACGAUUUAGUUGCUCAGUCUGUAAGAAAGCUUACACAGACAGUGGAAGUUUACGUAAACACAUGAGAACCCUAACGCAUGUUAGAAACCAUUUAGCUGUGUGAAGUGGUCGUCUGAAAGGAGCAGAGAAUCUUGCUCUAACAAGUAAACACUGACAAAUGAAUGAAAUUUCUAAAAGUUAUAUGAGAUGUCAUACUCUGGGGGGUCCUUUUUAAAAGUCUAAAAUCCAAACGCUACAACGUUAGACUUUAAAAUGUCUUAAGUAUGAUUUUGAUAUGUCGUAAAACCUAAUUGGAUUAUAAAGGUAACGUGACUGUUGAUAUACAUGGAACUCCAAAUAUUAACACAAUUUUCUAACUUUAAUUAGACUUGUUUGUAGGUAACAGCCACCCAACUCAGUCUCCCUUAAGGCCCAGACACACCGACCAGACAGCCGACCCUCGGCAGAAAAGGCAGUAGGGACUGAUUAGUCUCCCC